GCCUGAUUUAUCGCGCACACUUUCUUGCCAACCACCUACACUUAAAAUUUCUUCUCGACCACUCGAUAAAUCGUCGUGUAAAAUAAACAUCGAUCGGCGUUCCUGUUCGACUCGAUGCAUUGAAGUCGACGAGACGAUACUCGGACGCCUCCUUCCGUUGUAGUAAGCGUGGUGCAAUAUAGAAAUACGAAGUUUCAAGGAUGCCGAUGUACCAAAGGCCAGCGUUCUGGAGAGUUCCGCACCAGCGCCCCGAUCCUGACGACGAAGUCAGGAAUUCACGCAGACAAUUUGUAACGCCGGGUACGCCGGCCGGACGGGAACUGACGAGAGGCGAUAUCAUCGCAAAGAUCGACCACUACGACGCACGAGAUCUCCGACAUGAAGAUGCGCAGAACCUUUUCAAAAACGCGCCGAAUCAAAUUAAACUUGUUGUACAAAGGAGCAGUCCAAGUUCUCAUCUGUACACGAUGCCGCGUUCUUCUAACAGCUUCUCAGGACGCUCCCUGCUCAUGCCUACCUUCUAUCGUAUGGCCGAGACCGCAAGCCCCUGCCCGGCGACACAGUGGCGCGGGCCCGAGUCCCUGCCCCGCAGCACGCCCGUGCCUCCGCAGUCGCAAUACGCCCCCCAGCAGCCGCAAUACGCCCCCCAACAGACGCAAUACGCCUCCCAGCAGACGCAAUACGCUCCCCAGCAGUCGCAAUACGCCCCCCAGCAAACACAAUACGCUCCCCAGCAAACACAAUUCGUCCCCCAGCAGGAGGGAGAGUACAGGACCUUGAUGAUGUCGUCCGCAGCUUCCAAUCGCACCGAUGAAACCGUCGAUGAGUCCAUACAAAGCCAGCCGUACCGCACGACGCCGCUGGUGCUGCCGGGCGCCAAGGUGCGGCGCGAGCCCGGCCCCACGGAGAGCUACCUGCGCCACCACCCCAACCCCGCCAUGCGCGCGCCGCCGCACCACGACUACCGCGACACCAUCAUGAGGCAGAAGGUGGCCGAGUCGGUGUUGCAGCGAGUGGUCGGUGAAGAUUCGAACAAGGUGGUGCACAAGCAGUUCAACUCGCCGAUCAACCUAUACUCUGAGCAAAACAUUGCCAACUCGAUCAGACAGCAGACAUCGCCUCUGCCCCCCGCGCGCGCGCCCCCCGCCCCCCCGCUCGCCGCGCCCCCCGCCCCCGCGCCGCCCGCCGCGCCCGUGCAGCACAAGCUCUUCGAGCCGCUCGCCAAAGGACCGGCGCCGACUCCGAAACCUAUGAAACAGCCGAACGCGAAUCUAAAAGGAAAACAAACGACCUUCGUGAACUCGUUGCAAGAAGAGCACAUCCAGCAGUCGAACUCCUUCAAGCGCCUCAUGUACCACGUGCUGGGCGACGCGCAGGCCUAGGUCGGACUGGUCGGGCCCGUCUGUAACUGCAAGGCUAACAAAUUAUAUUUAGGAUGCUAACAUUUAACGCUCCCAAAGUGUGUCAUAUUAUUUUUCGGUGGAUUUUCUAAUACUCGAGUAUUAGCGAUAUUAUUUAUUUAAAAUAAUUAGGAAUGUAACUACAAUGUAACUAUAAUCGUUUAUUACUAAGUGUUGGUAUCUUUGUACAGAAAUACUAUAUAAUGUAUACAUAAUGCUGUAAGAAAUGUUGAGUGUACCGUCUAGUCACUUCGCCCCCAACUCGCCGGGGGCACGAGAAUGAGAUUCGAACAUUUUCAAAUAAAUUAUUUAUUUUUAUGUAAAA